AUGUUAUUGUGUGAAGAAUCAGAACAUAAUCAAAAAGAGAUAAUAUUAGUUUGUUUUAAUAUUAAUUGUCAGUUGAAAAGGGCUUGUUGUCUAAAUUGUGUAGAAAAUCAUAGCUAACAUAAACAAGAACUCAAGACCUUCAAAGAAAUCUCAAUGUGGAAAAAGGAUAUUUUCUCAUACUAUAAUCUAUAUUAGCAAUAGAUGAAUCAGUUUGUUGAUCAAAUAAAAAAAACAUAAAAAUAUUUAUCUAUAGAGAUUGAAAAAUCCUAAAUGGGAAUAAUUAAUGAUGAGUUUGAAAGAUAUAUGUCUAGUUUAUUAAAACUCUCGCAAAUGACAUUACUUUUGAAUGAGAUAAUUUCAAAUCUAGCAACAUAAAUGGAAUCGAUGAUGUAGCUGUUUUCGACAGUUAAUAAUUAGUUUAAAGAUAGAGACUAUGAAAAAUAUUCAAAUUAGAAUUAAUCAAAUAAUACAUUUUAAUCAAGAGUUUAAAAAGAUUUGAAGUAAUUAGAAUAGCAAGGACAAUUUAGAAAUUAAUUGGAUAUACUAAAAACACAAAAAAUGAAAAAGUACAAAUACAAGGAUUUGCUUGAAAAAACUUAGAAAUUAAGGAAGGAGAAUGACUUUGAUGUUCAUCAAUACCCAAUUAAUUAUAAAUCAUCGAUUGAAAAUAUACAAUAAUUCCAAACCUUAAUUCUAGUUGGAACUUAAUCUUCAAAAAAAUAAGAAUUAAUAAGCUUAAUCAUAAAUUUUUAUUUAGAAGUUGAAUUUUAAGAUCCUUAUAGAUUUGAAAUUGUAGAUGAUGAUAUUGAUUUAGUUAAAGAAGACUAAAACAACGAAUACUAGCAAAUGAGAGUAUAUUAUAUUCCUCCUUAAUAUGGUAAAUCAGGACUUAGAAUUAUAAAUACACCAGAUUACAGCGAUGAUCUCACUUUUAAUGAUCAACAAAUAUUCAAUAGAAUUUAUAAUGUUAUUUAGAAUUCAGUUUCACUUAAUCAAAAUAUUUUAAUUAGUUUUGUAAUCCCAUAAUUAGUAUAAAUAGGCUCAUUUUUUAUGUUAGAAUCCAUUUUGAGUAACUUUUCGAAUUGUUUAAUAAAUAAUAUAGUCUUUAUAUUUCCAGAUUGCUCAGAUGAUUUUCCUAAAUAGAGAGAUGUUUUAUAAUUGAGUACUGAAUUAAUAAAUGGAAUGUCUUCUCCUGUUAAAAAGAUGAUACCAACCAUGAAUAAUUCUUGGUAUUUAAAAUUUAAUACAAGUGCGUUAUUUAUGGAACGCUUGUCAAAAGAGAAUGAAUACCUCUGGAAUAUGGGGAAGAAUAGUUUUUAGUAGAUUCUUAAAAAUUAUUUAUAAAAUAAAUUAAACAUGAAUAAGCUUAACUUGAUAAGGAAUUAUUAUGUGUAAUUCUUAAAUUAUCUCAGUACCCCUUUUAUUUAAAGUUAAUUGGAAUUUGCUGAUUUAAAAUAAGAACUGCAGAACUAAUUUAAAGAGUUAUACAAAAGAGAAACCUUUGGUUUACGUGAAUUCAACUUUAAUAUUGAAAAAAGAGAAAAUCAAAUCUAUUAAUAAAUUGAUAAGAAUAGCAAAUAAUGGAACCAUUUAUGGAAUGAAUAUAUUUACAAAAUAAAGAAUGGUGCAAAGAGUAGUAGUAUUAUUGAAAAGAUUCUAAAGGAACAUGAGCAAGAAUUAAAUGAAGUUUAAAAUUAAAUAAACACCUUUGAAUAUCUAACAGAAGAAAUCGAUUUAAAAACAUAUAAGAUUGGAUUUGAAAAGUUUUAUGAUCUGUUUACUAGGUUUAUUAAUUCCAUAUAAGAACAUUUAUUGUAAAUUUACUAAGAAAAGCGGUUAUUUUUUAAAUUUAACUCGCUAUUGAUCUCAUUUAAUCCCUAUUAAUCCAAAUAUUAUGAAUUUUUAAUAACCAAAGAAAUAAAUUUAAAAUAAGAAGGAUGGGAACAAAGAGUAAAGCUAUUGAGUUAAAAGAAAGAUUUUUUCAUUUAUUCGGAUGACUAUAUAAAAGGAUCUAAAUCGCAAUCAUUAGAACAACUUCUUAAAGAAUGGGCUCAGUAUCAAUUUCCAAGAUCAAAAAGAUCAAGUUAUAGAUAUCAAAAAUCAAAUUGGAAAAUAUCAAUUGAUAAUUCUGAAUUUCAUUGCAAAUAAGAACAAAUAUUUUUUAAAGAGUUUAAAACAUAUAAAUUUGAUCAAUCGAUUGGACAUAGAAUUAGUGAUGAUGCUGAUAGGCAUUUUCUGAGUCACAUUGAAAAUUUCAGAAUAUUAGGAAGUAUGAUUUGA